UUUAAAUGAGCUCUUUCUUUCUGUCUCUCUCCUUCCCUGUCACAAAUCACACAGGUAGAACGAGAGAGGUUGGCUUCAGCUUUUUUUGGGAUGUGACGACCAGCUCUGCAGCUGAAGUCUAUGAUCUUAACCAGGAUACUUAACCUAAUUUCAUGCAUGUGUCUGUAGGAGUGUGCGUACGAGCUCUGGAACGGGUCUUAUUCUUUGUUUCCAUGCCGACCCUCAGGAUGGUGUGAGUGUGUUGUCUUUGGUGGGCUGAAAGCAGCGAGGUAUCCCGCAGUCCUGAGCACUGCUAGCAUGCCUGUGCAUCAGAUAUCCGUUGUGCCCAUCGCCAAGGAGACUGCCAACAGUUCCAGCCGGAAUAGAGACAAGAGUAAAGAGAAUGAGGCACCUGGGCGAUCAGGAAGUCGAUCCAGCAAUAUAUCUAAGGCGAGCAGUUCCACCCCAGGAGCCGUGCUGAACAGUAUCUCUCAAACAUCAGUUACACCGUCCUCACAGGACAUAUGCCGCUCUAGUGGUCGAGCUAAACUUGAAGUAGAUGGCUCAGUUCAGACUACAUCCGUCAUGCCCAUAAACCCUGCCUCCGACUCCGCCCCCACCGCAAAGCGGCAAGUCAAACGCCGUAUCCGCCGGCGACGGGAGAGCACCGGGACCGUUGGGUGUGCAACUGAGUGUGUAGACCAAACAAGACAUUCACGGUUCCAUAAGCAAACACACACACACUCUGACUCCUCCUCAGAGGACGAGCAGCGCUGGAGAGAAGCUCGCUCCUGGAGCCGCCAGAAAGCACGACGGAGACGCAGCGGCAGCCGACACAUGCAAGCACAUCCCCGUGAGGAACGGGACACCACUAAGCUCAUGUCUAUAAACUCAGACGAGGAACAGAAAGAGAACCAGCCACCACUGUGCAAGGCCCACAACACCAGGGCCCAUAAAAAGUUGUCAAAACAGGAGGUGCGUGGGGGCCAAAGCCAGGCAGUCAAUCACAGAAAAGGGAAUGAGCUUGGUAGUAAUAGGAGCGGAAGUGAGGAGGAAGAGCCUAUUACAAAGACGUAUCAGGAAAGAGGUUCAGGAGAUCCAGAUAUGUCUGUCCCGUCCCCUUAUAAAUGCACUAUUCCUAUCAAUCAAAAUGGUGCCACGCAAGAAGCAUGCACUGAUGAUGAGCUAGAGGUGUGCAGGAUCUGUCACUGUGAAGGUGAUGAGGAGUGUCCGCUCAUCACCCCUUGCCACUGUACAGGAAGUUUGCGUUUUGUGCACCAGGGCUGCCUGCACCAGUGGAUCAGGAGCUCCGACACACGCUGCUGUGAGCUGUGCAAAUAUGCCUUCAUCAUGGAGACACACCUCAAGCCUCUGCGCAAGUGGGAAAAGUUACAGAUGUCUACAAGCGAGCGGCGAAAGAUCUUCUGUUCUGUGACUUUUCACCUGGCUGCUGUGGUGUGUGUCAUCUGGUCACUCUACGUUCUGAUUGACCGCACAGCUGAAGAGAUCCACCAAGGCAAGAACAAUGGGGUGCUGGAUUGGCCGUUCUGGACCAAGCUCAUCGUGGUGGCAGUUGGCUUUGGUGGAGGACUCAUCUUCAUGUACAUUCAGUGCAAAGUCUACCUGCAGCUCUGGAGGAGGCUGAAGGCUUUCAACAGGAUCAUCUUUGUACAGAACUGCCCCGACACCGUCCGCAACGGAGAGAACAGGCUGCCCCCAGUCACCCAGAGCAACGGCACGCACGGGACAGCUCCUGCUCCUCAGACACAAACAAACACAGGAAUGGAAAUGGCCCCUGUUUGACAAUGGAUGCUUGCUGCUCUGAAUCUCAGUAGCUCAAAGGUUUAGGAAAGGGCUUCUGGUGUAUUUGACCAAAGUGAUGUGAUUUACAUAUAACAAAGGCACUUUUUAAAUUUUUAUUAGAGGGUUGGUAAACUUACGUAAGAAGUUUAUAUAGGGCAGUUAAAUUAUAACAUUAAAGGAAUAGCUCACCACAAAAUAAAGAUUUUGUCAUCAUUUAAUCACUCAUAUGUCGUUCCAAACCUGUGUAAGUUUCUUUCUUACGUUGAACACAAAAUAAGAUAUUUUGAAGAAUGCUGGUAAUCAAACAGUUAUUGGCCACCAUUGACUUCCAUAGUAGGGAUAAAAUACUAUAGAGUCAAUUGGGACUAUUAACUGUUUGAUUACCAGUAGGGAUGCACUAUAUUGAUAAUUUUCAACUUGUUUUGGCCGAUAGCCAAUGCAGAUACCAAUAUAUAUAAGUAUUUUUAAAUUUGGUUAGUCUUUAACAAAAACUUAUUUGU